AACUAAAAACAUUGCCAAAAUACAGGAAAUGAGUUUGGAGAACGUCCGCCAUGUUUUUGUAUAUUGAAAGUGAUGACAGAUAAGUUUUCACACAGUUAUACUGCUGAUCCGUCCCAUCAUUAGAGAAGAUGGCCAGUUCAGAUGCAAGGGUAAAUGAAAUUGUGAAAUGUGCUUUAUGUUGGGAGAGUUUCACGGAUCCCAGACAAUUGCAGUGUGGACACGUAUUCUGUUUUGAAUGUAUCGACAGAGAUUACAGAACAAUUGGUAAGAAUUGUGCCCCGUGUCCAAUAUGUAGAACAGAAUAUCGGCCACCAGGUCUGAACGCCAGAAACCUACCUAGAUCAAUCCCGCUUCAGCAAAUUGUGGACUUACAGUGUGACACUGAUCCAGUCUGUGAAGUGACAGAAUGUACACAGCGUAGGGCUCCAUAUCUGUGCUUGAAAUGUCGACUUUGGAUCUGUGAUACUUGUAAGUCACAGACAUGUAGUGUUGAAGAAAGUGGUGAAAUCUCACACAAUGCGUACGUACAAAAAGACAUAAAUCCCAUUUUGUUUGAUAUUGUGAAGAGAAGCCGACAUAAUUUUUGCCGCGAGCAUCAGACAUUACCUGUAGAAUGGUAUUGUCCUCAGUGUAAGAAGUUAGUCUGUAAAUUGUGUAAAUUAAACAGUCACCUUCAUCAUAAGUUGAGAGACCUCGAGGACUUUUCACAAGAAACACGUGUGAAUAUAGAACGAACGUCUGCAUUACUACAGAAAAAACAACAGAAACAUAAGAAAGACCUUCAACUGUACACAAACUUAGAAACUGUUGUCAAAGUCGAACUGUUUAGUACCAGCGAUUGUCAGCGAUUGAUGUAUAUGUGUUCGCGUGAUAUUCAAAACUGUGACGAAUUGGUGAAUGUGUUGUCACAGCUGUUGAAGUUUGGAUCUGAUGUCGUUGUCAUUGACACCUUCCGUAACCUAGAACAAAGGAUAGAGACGGAGCUGGAGCAAUGCCAUUCCCUUCAGCCACUGUUGACUAAUCUGUACAGCGGGACGGAUCAUCAGAAUGACUCUGCCACCGAAUCUUGGGUUGGAACGUGUAAACCCAAUUUGAGGCCACAUCUGGCGUCAGAUUCAGGUAUAGACGAUCUAUCUCUGAGCGAUGAAAGUGCAGAUGUGAGAAUUCCAUCUGAAAAACAUGCUUGCGAAAUUGUCAGAUGUGACAACACAACAAAAGCCACCCUUCUGUGCUUAAAGUGUUGGAAAUGGACAUGUGACCAAUGCCUAAAAGGGCGUUGUGGCAAUAAUGAUUCCGACUCCAAGCACGAGGCCAUGUCCGUAGACGUAGAUAACAGUGUUAGACAAUUGUAUGACAUCAUAAUGAGAAAUAGAAACCACAAAUGUACUUCACAUCCGGCCCAAGAAAUCACAGUUUUCUGCACAUGUUGCAACGCUCCUUUGUGUACUACUUGUCGGGUGAUGGGACACUUGGACCACGUUACGGUUGGUAUCUCAGACAGAUAUCGUGUAUGUUGUACAAAGUUAGAAUCGUGCAAAGAAGAUCUACUGAACCAAGUACGAAAAUAUGAGAAAAUAAAACAUGUUUUUUUUGAAAUCCAACAGUCACCAUGUGCAGACGUACUAAAUCCGGAAUAUUGUCAAAGCGUUACAGGUAGGUGUGAGUCGGGAAUAGACAGAUGUAAGGAUUUGAUCAAACUGUUUAGAUUGUUAAGUCAUUACGGCAGUGCUCCCGUCGUAGUUGAUAUGUAUCCGGGACUAGUAAGACAGGUAGAGGAAGAACUCCAGAUCAGUCCAUCACAGCUGGCCACGCCACUACGUCAACUGACUUCCUUUAUCACUGAUACUUUGGAUCAGGUGAACAGCUGUGUUGUAGAUACAGCGACAUCUGGUGGUGAUGUGGAGAUGCAGACACCAGGCGACGAUGCUGGGGCGCCGCCGCGAGAGGUUGAAAGCAACACCACUGAUACGAUGGUAUAUCAUCGAGAGAGAAACACAUCGACUUCCCCAAGUCGGACUUCAGUUCGCCAUCGUGUGGUUACAUCUGUGCGGAAUGCUGCGAGUGAAAUGUCCAACAAUCCGAACGCGAGUGAGGAAAGUAACGCUAGAGGGCAUGUCGGAUAUGUAGCCUGGAUUUGGGAACAGAUCAAAGCGAUGUGUCGUUGUGUGUCACGAUAUUUAUCAGGCUCUUGAAAAUACAGUCUAACCUGUAUUAAACGGCCACUACUGGGAAAUUAUGAAAGUGGCCUUUAUAGAGAGAUGGCCUCUUAAGUGAGGUUCUUUAUUUUUGAACCCAAGUUGCGGCAAUUUGCAAAUU